GUACGACAUAGUGGAUGAAGACUGGAAAGCGAGCGAGGUCUACGAGGCCCUGCUGAAAUCGGAGGCGGAGCUGGAGGCGCUGGAGAAUCUGGAGGUGAUUGAGCCCUCGGCAGCCGAGACAGAGGCAGAGGCCAGGCCGGUCCAAAACGACGAGGGCAUGACGCCUGAAGAGCAGGAGGCCGCAUUGGAGGAGCUCUUCCAAGAGGCCGCCAAAGGCGGCUCCCUGGGUGCCGGGCCGAUGGAGCCGCAACGCAAGGUGGCGGCGGAGCUGGCGGCCGAGAAGGUGGCGGGGAAGGUGGCGCAGCAGGUGGCCAAGGCGGCCCAGGCGGCUGAGCAGCUGGACCCGGAGAAGGAGGCCAAGCGCCGGAAACGGCGGGAGUACCGGGAGCGGAAGAAGCUGAAGCACCAAGCCGGCGUCUUCAUCCGCGCGAAGGAGAACCCCAACGUCUACGUCUCUGGCCUGCCGCCGGAUGUCACUGCCCAGGAGUUGGAGCCCUUGUUCAAGCGCGCUGGGGUGCUGAAGUUGGACGUGGAGACAUGCACCAGCAAGAUCCGCAUCUACACGGGCGAGGAUGGCAGGUGCAAGGGUGACGCUCUGGUGACCUUCGCCAACGCGGCCUCGGUGGAGCUUGCGGUGACCUUUCUGCACGAGUACGAGAUCCGCGCCGGGUGCCGCAUUUGCGUGCAGCAGGCGGAUUUCGAGGAAGCCGAGAAGAAGGAUGCGAAGCUAUCUACCGAGAAGCUGAAGGAGCUGGCGGCGCAGCGGAAACCGGAGGACCAGCGAGCCAAGUACCUGGCGGCCAAGAACACCCUGAAGGAGGCGGUGUCUUGGAGCGGCGAGAUGGACGAUGGCACGGGGCGCCGCAUCGUGAUCCUCAGGCACAUGUUCUCGCCAGAAGAAGCUGAGAAGGAAGGCCAGCAGUUCUAUGAUGAGCUUGCUGAGGAGGUCAAGGGGGAGUGCGACAAAAUCGGCCAGGUCACGAGGGUUACGCCCAUCGAGCGCCAUCUCCAGGGCAUCGUCUGUGUGAAGUUCAAGCUCUCCUCGGAAGCCGAGGAGUGCAUCCGAGUCAUGGACGGUCGCUUCUUCGGCGGGCGCACGGUGGAGGCCGCCUUCUACGACGGGAAGACGGACUUGAAGGCUUUCGGAGUGAAGGAUGAGCUUCCGGAGCCUCCAGGACCCGAGCGCAAGGUUGUGGCUUCACCGGCCCCAGUCCGGGCUGAAGCGGCGCCCGAGGCGCCGGAGGCGCCCCCUGCGGCACCCGAGGAGCUGGAAGCAGAGGCUCCCGAGAUCCAGCAGGCCUACGACGCCAUGUUCGAGCACCAGUCCAGCGAUGACGAGGAUCUGGUGGUGCGCACCGAGUGAAGCCGAUCUGCGCGCGGUCCAGCGAG